GAGCCGGAUCAGAAGGAACGAAUGCUGAGAAAUCACUGACGAAGACGAAGCUGAGCUAGAAUGCUUCGUCAUAGGAAGGAUGACGAGCCGGUGGCACCAUCCCCGCCUGUCUUUCCGGCUGUAUCGCCCUGGAAACUGUCCUCAAUUAUACUUACUCUUCUUCAUGUGUAGCAUACUGUGAAAGCAUUGGAAAAAUGACAUCUCCGCUACUACAACACCAGGGCCUCCGUGCGACUUUUACGGGGAUUGAGAGGGUGUCGGAGGGAGUCACGGUGAAUGAGUUUAGGGGUAUCAAGUACGCAUCUGUCCCCGCGCGGUUUGAGCGGGCUCAGCCGGUGGAUGACUUUGGGGAUGCUGUGGUUGAUGCUUCUCAAUAUGGGCCGAGGUGUCCACAGGUCGAUGUUGAUGUUCGCCAUUUGCUGCGCAUCCCGGAGGACUUUCCAAUUGAAAAAGAGCUUGAGGAUGAAUUUGAAUGUCUGAACUUGGAUAUUACCUGUCCUCCGGCGUCUUCUGCCAAAGGACCUCUUCCUGUUCUUUUGUGGAUAUAUGGAGGAUCCCAGGUGGUGACGUUUUGCUCAGCUGCAUCGAAGAUCUGCGAUCCCGUCAAAAUUGUCGCGGACUCUAUCAAAACCGGCCAGCCUAUUAUCUUCGUCUCAAUCAACUACCGACUCAAUAUCUUCAGCUUUGGUGACGGCAAGGAGAAGAACCUUGCUGUCAAGGAUCAGAAACUGGGUAUUGAAUGGGUGCGGAACAACAUCUCCGCCUUUGGAGGCGAUCCAAACAACAUCACAUUGGCUGGAGAGAGUGCUGGGGCGGUAUAUACUCAUGCUCAUCUAGUCACCGGUACACCUGUUAAGAGGGCCGUUCUGGCUUCUGGAUCGCUCUAUCUCUCUUCUCCCUUGCCGGUUGAGAAGGGUCAAGGUCUCAUCAAGGCGCUGGAAGCCAAGGUGCAGGAACUGGGCGAGCCGUCACUCCGGCUGUCGUCGGUGCCCGCUCUAUUGCAGGCAUUGAAGGGGUGCAAUGUGAACACCAUGUGGAUACAAGAGGAUGAGGAUUUUCAAGGAUGGGAAGGCAAGUCUGAGUUAGUGGACGAACUCAUGAUUGGCGAUACGGAGUAUGAGUCGGUCAUCUGGAGGAACGGAAUCGAGACAUUCGAUGGAGAAGCCAUUACUGCAGCGUUUUCGCAGGAUGAGAAAUGGGGCACAAAGUUACGCAAGAUGUAUCAGGUUGUCGCUGAUCGACCAACCGCCUGCAAGCUGGGUGCACUGGAUCUUGUGAAUGAUGUCCGUUAUACACUGCCGGUGGAAGUCGUAGCCGAGAAACUGCAGGCAGCAGGGAAACGAGUCUACAAGUAUGUGAUUGACCAGGCCAACCCGUGGCAGGCAUCCAGCCGAGCCCAUCACGCUGUUGACCUGCUGUUCUUGUUUGAUGGCGUCGACCUGUCCUUCAACCCUGCUGCACAAGCUGUCGGUCAGGAGAUGCGGACGCGUUGGGUACAGUUCGUCAACGGGGGUAGUCCGUGGUCUACGGAGCGAAGAUUCGCCUACGGACCUCUGGGGAGCUGUGGAGAGAUUUCUGAAGCGCAAUUUGCGUCUAGACGACGGGUCGAGCAUGUUCAAGCUCUAAGAGAGGCUGGGAUGGGUGUCUAUAUGCCUGUUGUAUUUGCCUUGACGGCAGGCAAGAUUAGCUUGUUGAAUUAG